AUGCAUCCCGGAUCAGUAGCAUUUCUGACGACCAACAUGGCACACAACUCUCAGAAUUACGGCUGGCAAAACAGGCCACCCCAGCCUCUCCAUCCGACUUCAAUGCCUAUGGAUCAACAAUCAUAUCCCCAGGCACACACACUUCCACCACAAUCCGGUUACCCAGCAGCAUAUCCACCUCAGCAUGCCACCUCACAGAGUUACUAUCAGCCAGGACUCCCGUCGACACAUUACCUCACCCCACAGCCGGGUGUGCCCCAGAGCCGACAUCAGCCUCGAAGUUCUUCCAUUCCAUAUCCUUAUCCCAGCGCUUCCGUAUCUGGCAGCCCACCUACCAUGCCAGAUCCCUCUUUUACAUCAACACCUCCUUCAUACCUAGUCAAUCAGCCAGAUUACUACCUAACGCCGAACUCUUCACUCUCGCAAACCCCCAACUCUAUUCCCCAACCACAUAACCUGAUGCCAUCAGGGACAGUGUAUUCCUCACCCGAGUCCGCUCCCAGUUCCUCAGAUCCAGAUCAAGUUCGCGUUCUCAGUUUUCGGCCAAAACCUCAAUGUUGGGACCACGGAUGCAACGGGCGUGAAUUUUCUACCUUCAGCAACCUGCUCCGCCACCAACGAGAGAAGUCGGGAGUGGUUGCCAAAGCAGAGUGUCCCAUUUGUGGUGCUGUGUUCACACGCACCACGGCCAGAAACAUCCAUGUUGCUCAGGGGAAGUGCAAGGGGGUAGCAAGGGAGCCGUCUGCCGAAUAA